AUGACUCCUGAUACAAUAUUCACUAUCGCCGGUAAAGGCUUGAAAUUAAACACCGCAGAAGAUGUACAAGAAUAUGUGAAUUCUAUAUUGGAACUUAAGAAUUUAGAGGAGGUAGUUUUAAGUGGAAAUACUUUUGGUGUUGAAGCCGCUCAGGCAAUAGCUAUGACCAUAAAAAAGAAAGAUUCUCUCAAGAUUGUCAACGCGUCAGACAUCUUUACGGGUAGGCUUAGAGAGGAGAUUCCUCACUCAGUGAAAGCUAUAUGUGACGCGCUUGAGGAUAAAGAAUGUCUUGUAGAAUUAAGUUUUAGCGAUAACGCGUUUGGUCCGGCAGGUGCUGAACCUAUGGUUGAUUUUCUUACUAAUAAUAAAUCAUUAAAGAUUCUCAAACUUAAUAACGUUGGUCUUGGACCUCGUG